GUAAAGGAAACUUUGAGAGAAUGUUGUAGGAACUAAACUUUUAAUUUUAACCCUGGUAUCGCUUUGUGUACACCACAAAUUCUCAGUUGUACAAGUGAAAAACAGCUGAACAGAUAUGGAUGUCGUGUUCAAAGAGGGGCUACUCUACUUGCAAGCUGUAAAGUUUGGAAAAAAAAGUUGGCGGAAAAUAUGGAUGGCUCUCUACAAGCCAAGCUCCACAGGAGUUGGCCGGUUGGAGCUGUACACUGUUGUAGACAACAACACUGCUGCUAUGUAUGACAAUAAGAAAGCCAGAAAGGUUGUGCGCCUAAGUGACUGCCUCAGUGUCACAUCAGCCCCUAAAGAAUCUUGUCCUACAGAUUGUGAAGCUUUUUACUUAAACACCACAUCAGAGAUUUACACCCUGGCCUCUCCAACAACCCAUGACUGGAUAAGUGCACUCUGUCUUCUUGCUUUCCAGAAGGAUCCUGAAGAUGCAGACAAAGGGGCUUUCGAUAGAGGAAAUGGCCUGAUCAUGGAGGACAACGACUUGUAUGCAUCAUGGGAAAGUGCUGGUAAUACGACUCAACCACUAAAUGUCCACCUAGUGACUGUGCGCAGUACAGAGGCAUCUCAGAGGUGUAAGUUAACUGGGGACUAUCUGAUCUCACCUGAAGAUGACGCUUUGCUGCUGCUUGACUACAACACCUGUGACAUCAUCUACCGCUGGCCUUACAAGAUGUUACGAAAAUAUGGCCAAGUUGAGGGAGGAUUCAGUAUCGAAGCAGGCCGGCGCUGUGAGUCAGGGGCAGGAAAGUUUGUCUUCUUAUCCAAACAAGCGCAGCACAUUUUUCAGAUCAUCUCCCAACAGUGCACCGAAAAGACAUCAACUUCACAGCAGCACAAUAACCAAGCACCGUUUGACCAAUCUACUGUCCAGUCACCCAUCGCAGCUGACCCAUCAUGCUUCCAAGAUUUAUUUUCUGCUCACACUGAUGACAAAUCCCCCCAAUACUACUGCCAUCUUACUGGCUGUUUCAGUCAGUUAUCUGUGGACCAAGCUCAUUGCAGUCACAGUGGGGAAGCAGUAGGAGACGGAGGCGAGGAUGACCCUGGCUAUUCCCUAGAGGUUGAAGACUUAAAUUAUACUGCGGAGGAGAGUAUUUAUUACAACCUGCCGCUUUCUGUGCUGGGCCAAAUGAAAGACCAAUCUCAAGAUGAUUCAGAGAGCUUAUAUUCAGAAGUUAGGAAAGACAAAACAUCUUUAUGUCAGCCUAUAACAGUGCAACCUGCUUACAGUCCGCUUCCAAAACCACGGUACCAUCUACAGCAAACAAGGAGUGAUUCUAUGACCCCCCUCUGUGGUACUCAAGUAGAAGUGAUGGAUAAUGUGAAAGAGGAGGAGGGCAUCGUAUCCAUUGGCCAAAUUACCCCCUCAGAGGCCUCAGCUAGUUUUAAACAUCGUCUAGCUGAAAUCAUUUCUAAAGACCUGGCAAAGUUCCAGGCACCAGUCCCCUCUGGAGCAGCCAGUCCCACAUAUCCUCUGUAGGCUAUUAUGUAAACAAGAAAAAAAAAAAAAAUUAAGCCUUGCUAGAUAGUCAUAAUACAUAAUUAGCUACAGUGUUGCUUUUGAAGUUCCCACCUCUACAGUUACAUAUGCGUUGGGUUGCAAAUGUGUUCACUCUGGCACUGAUCAGUGCUAUUAAACUAAUAAAAGCAUAAUAUACAAUUCUAUAUAAAUAAAACAAAUUAAACAUAGAUUUUGUAGUGGUUUUCAGCAAAGUUCUAUAGGCUAAUUUAUGUUAUAACUGAAAUAGGUUUGUAUUACAAAAUAUGACUGAGCACAACUUAAUUGUACCAUAUAUUUAUUGUAGAAAAACAUGGUAAUAAAAUAAACAAUAUAAAUAUCAAAAUAAUUACUUUGAGGCACGUCACUAAUGACUAUCAUUGUGAUAUUUCUAGCCCGGAUAAAGUGCAAGAGAAGGCCUUGAGGAGUCGGCCUCUUGAUGUCCAUUAUAACAUAGCAGAGCACAUCUGAACUAUGACAGGAGAUUAUGCAGAACUUCUAUAAUAGCUGCAGCGUUUGUUCCGCUCACAUUCGCUCCA